AUGGCUGACAAACGCAACCAAUUCCUCGACGCCGGCGACAGCGACGAUGAUGCCGGGAAUGGAUACGACUCCGAAGACGAUUUCCAAAAAGGCGGCCGCAGCGCAAAACGGAGGAGGGUUGACGACGAAGACGACAGCGAGGCUGAAGACUUCAGCGACCAAGACGAGGACCAAGAGGAUGGUGGCGGCGCAAGUCUAGACAACAAUGGCGUGACUGAAGCAGAAGAAGCCGACGAAAACGACGAGCAAGAAGAUACCGAACCAACCCAACCCCAAAACACAAAACCAAAAACAACCGACCUCCCCGGCCUCUCCAAACCCCUAACAAAACAAAACCUCGUCGCCUCCGAAGCCGCCAUCAAAAAAUCCGGCGUCGUCUACCUCUCCCGCAUUCCCCCCUUCAUGAAGCCCGCCAAGCUGCGCUCCCUCCUCGAGCCCUACGGCAAAAUCAACCGCAUCUUCCUGACCCCCGAAGACCCAGCCGAGCACACGCGCCGGGUCCGCGGCGGCGGCAACAAGAAGCGCUCUUUUACCGAAGGAUGGGUGGAGUUUGUCAAGAAGAAGGAGGCGAAGAAGGUGUGCGAUCUGUUGAAUGCGCAGAUUAUUGGUGGGAAGAAGUCGAGUUGGUAUCAUGAUGAUGUGUGGGCGUUGAAGUAUUUGAAUGGGUUUAAGUGGCAUCACCUCACGGAGCAAAUCUCAGCCGAGAACGCCGAGCGCGCAAGUCGAAUGCGCGCAGAAAUUGCUAAGACGACCCGCGAGAACAAAGAGUUCGUUCGGAAUGUCGAGCGGGCCAAGGUUCUCAACGGGAUACAGUCCAAGGCAGCGGCGAAACGGAAGAAGGUUGAUGAUGAGGACGGUGAGGGGGGAGGAGACCGGGGCGGAGACGGAGAUGGAUACACGGGCAGAGGUGAGGCAGCGAGUGGGAAGGAGACUGGUGAAUCGACGACUCAGGAACGGAGGCGGACGUUUAAGCAGAUACCCCUGGUGAAGAAGAGGAGGCAGGAAGAGCAGCCUGAUCAGGUGCAGAGGGUGCUUAGCAAGAUCUUUUGA